AUGUCUGUCACGCUGCACACCACCCGUGGUGACAUCAAGCUCGAAAUCUUCUGCGAAACCGUCCCGAAGACCGCCGAAAACUUCCUCGCCCUCUGCGCCUCUAGUUUCUACAAUGGCAGCCCUUUCCACCGAAUGAUCCCCAACUUCAUGGUGCAGGGCGGCAGUCCUGCUUCGGAUCCAAAGUCCAAGGCCUCGCCCUCAAUCUACGACACGCCCAACCAACUCUUCGAGGACGAGAUACGCCCAGCCCUCAGGCACAAUGCUAGAGGAAUAGUCAGUAUGGCAAACAAAGGCCCCAAUACGAAUGGAAGUCAGUUCUUCAUCACAUUUGCCGCCGCGCCGCAUUUGGACGGGAAGAAUACCGUCUUUGGCAAGGUCUUGGAGGGGUUCGAGGUGCUAGAUGACAUCGAGAAGGUCGCGGUGGAUAAAAAGUCAAGACCACAGGAGAGGAUUGAGAUUAAAAAGGUUACGAUACAUGCCAACCCCUUGGCUGGGUGA